CUCUCUGUUUAUAACUACAGUAGUUCCUUUCUUUCCAUCUUAAUUAUGCUUUGUUUUCUGCAACACGCAUCCUACUUGGCCCUAAAAAAUUUCCUUUGAAUCAUUAUUAUGUAUUGGUAUUUGAGUAUUUCAUCUUCACCUGCUUCAAUGUCGCUAUCCCUACAUUCGAUUUGAAUGCCCUAGGCACCAUGGAGGAGGAGAAGGUCGGAAGCGGGAGUUGUUCUUCCAGGGUGGUCUCGUCUUCGUCUUUCCCCGCUGCAACGACGGCCACCACGAGUGCUGCUCCCUCUUCAUCGGUUGCUUCUACGUCGAAGGAUGGGCGUGGGUUCUUCGUGGAGCUCAAUCCGGGUGAUACCACCAUCGUGUCUUGGAAGAAGCUGCUUAAGGAUGCCAACAAGGCGAAUAGAUCUCCUGCUGCUCCGCCUGAUGCUCCUUCCGGCGCUCACCCGGCGCUUGAGUCUCGUAUUGCUCCGGCUCAACCUGUGGAAGAUGACGUGAAGGAUGCUCCUCCUUCAAAUCGUUUUAGUGCUGUGAUUGAGAAAAUUGAACGCCUCUACGUGGGUAAGCAAAGCAGUGAUGAGGAAGAACUUGAUAACGUUCCUGAUGAUGAUCAAUAUGACACAGAAGAUUCUUUUAUAGAUGAUGCUGAGCUGGAUGAAUAUUUUCAAGUUGACAAGUCACCAAUGAAGCAUAAUGGUUUCUUUGUUAAUAGGGGGCAGUUGGAACGCAUAAAUCAUCCGGUUGUCUCUCCUGACCUCCAACCAAAGAAACGCAGAAGAAAAGAUUUGAUAAAAGCUCAUGGUGAGAAGGAUGGUGAGCAAGUAGCAAAUAAACAUGCGAAAAUGGGUAAUAUGAGGAUGAAAGCCGCAGCUAGGACUGCACCAUUGGUGGGGAGCAAGUCUUCUAGUCCUCAAAUUUUGCCUGCUAUAAGUGAGCACUAUCAAGAUGGGAAAGGGCAGAAUCAAUUGAAUACUGCCGUGGGGACUUCCAAAAAGAAGUCUGCUGAUUCUAGCAAUGAUAAAUUCGAAAGUUCUUCUGCAAAAAUUUUGAAUAGGGAUUCUUCUGUAUUUCCAGUGGAAGUAAACGAGAGUGAAAAGCAGAAGGUAGGAAUUGUCCAAUCUAACGAGCUCAAUAACAAAUUGAAGGUUGAAAGUGAAUCUGCUGAUACUACAUAUCAGGCUUAUUGGGAUAAAAGUGCUUCCACUCAGUUUGAGCCUCAACCGAAGAAACCAUUGAAUGGUAUGGAUGAGCUAGAGGCAUCCACAAAAGUUCGGCACCGGGAUAAAAAUGGCGGUAGUGAACUGCCUGACCUUAAUUCUUCUGGUAGCAAGUACCUCACGCAGACUGCUAAGACACAAUCCAUGCAUGUGAAGGAAGGUUCUAGUGUUAGGCCAAAAGGCACAAUGCUUGAAAGAGCCAUUAGGGAGCUAGAAAAGAUGGUUGCAGAAUCUAGACCACCAGUUGUGGAAGUUCAGGAUGCCGAUACCUCCUCACAAGCAGUCAAAAGGAGAUUGCCUCAAGAAGUGAAACAAAAGCUUGCUAAAGUUGCUAGACUGGCGCAGUCUAGCCAAGGAAGAAUAUCGGAAGAGUUAGUCAAUCGCCUAACGAGUAUUCUUGGCCACUUAGUGCAGCGAAAAACAAUAAAGAGAAACUUGAAAGAGAUGGUUGAAUUGGGGUUGUCCGCAAAACAAGAAAAGGACGGUAGGUUCCAGCAAAUAAAGAAAGAGGUCAUAGAAAUGGUUAAAAUGCGGGUUCCUUCUCUGAAGCCCAAGACAUCGGAGCAGCGAGAUGGAGCGACCGAUGAUUUUCAAGAAGUACAUGGUUCUGAAGACAAGGGGGUCAAAGGAAAAUAUAACAUGGAUGAUGCGAUGGAGGACAAGAUUUGCGAUCUUUAUGAUCUGUUUGUUGAGGGGAUGGAUGAAGAUAAGGGUCCACAAGUCAGAAAGCUUUAUGUGGAGCUUGCAGAAUUGUGGCCAAAUGGAUGCAUGGACAACCAUGGGGUUAAAAAUGCUAUUUGUAGGUCAAAGGAGCGGAAGAGGGCACUGUAUAACCGGCAUAAGGUUCAGGGGAAGAUCAAGAAGAAGAAACUAUCUGUCCCAAAAACAGAAGAGAUCAUCCGUGGUGAAGCUAGUUCAGUUGCUCAGCCACGAAUUGUGCAAGAAAGGCUGGGUUCUGAUUCAAGUGGCCAUGGUUUGAUGUCACCUAACCGGAUGAUUUCCAGUAUGGCAACAUCUGGCCAGCAUCUUGCCACAUCUGUAAGAAUGCCCACUUCAUCUACCAAUGGUCUCAGCAUGGAUAGGCCAAAACAAGAGAAGGUAAAGGGUACCACCUUCAUGGAUGACAUGAGGAGAGCAGAUGGUGCAUUGGUGAAGAAAAAAAUAAAGAGGAAGCCUGAAUCGGAGUUGGGGGAAGUACAUUUACACCCAGAAAAAUUUUCACAAGUAAGAAAAGAAAAACACAAGUACCCAAAAAUUGGUGCAAAUCAGCCCCAUAAAUCAACCCUUCAAACAGCCAGUAUUCCGAGCUGUGACCAACCCAGCUGAUG